AUGGCCAGUAUUCCCAACCUGAAUUCUCUCCGACGAGGUCGAGGUCGAGGAUUCGGAAAUGUAUCACGCCCGGGAAAGGACCAGGUCGUACAGGGUACAGACAACGACGCGAGCGUGUCCCGCCUGAGCGCCGUCGAGCUGGGAUACCUCGAUGAUCCCUUCGCGACAGCAUUGACACCACCUGGGUCCGCGACGCGGCGACUCCCAAUCAUCAAUAGAGGAACCUAUGUACGCACCACGACCAUUGACCAACUCGUGACCCGCUUCCUCGGCCCAUGGUCACCAAACAAGCAACGAAAACAAAUCAUUUCGCUCGGCGCUGGAUCGGACACACGCGUCUUUCGAUUGUUAUCGUCGCGACAAACACCAGACUUUGUCUAUCACGAGCUCGAUUUCGCGGUCAACACGACAGCGAAGAUUCGCACCAUUCGGUCAACGCCGGAGCUGCAACGCGUGCUAGGCAUUGACUCGUCGGUUUCUGAGAAGGACAGUCCGGUCACGGUAUCAGAGGCGGGGGAUGCGCUCCAAUCGCCUUCAUACCACAUCCACCCAGUGGAUCUGCGGUCGCUGUCCGGGCAUAGUGACCCCGCCGCAGCAUUGCCGGGCGUGGAGACGGGAUUGCCUACCUUGUUGAUAUCCGAAUGCUGUCUGGUGUAUUUGUCGCCCGCUGAGGCAGAGAAGGUGGUUUCGUUCUUUACGGAAGGGCUUUUUGGUCCCGGGGCCGUAUCUGGGCCUGACGGUGAUGCGAUUGGACAAACUGGUGUUGUGCCCCUCGGUCUGAUUUUAUAUGAGCCCAUUCGUCCAAAUGAUGCCUUUGGCGAAGUGAUGGUUUCGAAUCUUGCGGCGCGAGGGAUCCAACUUCAAACUCUACAUAAAUAUGCCUCGCUAGAGGCACAGCGGACUCGCUUCCGAGAGCAAGGAUUUGGAGAGGGCCAGGCUGCGGGCGAUAUUGAGUUCAUUUGGAAGAACUGGGUCAGCGAGGAAGAAAAGGGGAGAGUUGCGGGAUUGGAAAUGCUGGAUGAGAUGGAGGAGUGGGAGCUGCUGGCACGGCAUUAUUGCAUAGCAUGGGGGUGGAGAGAUCAAGCUCAAAUCUCGGCGUUUUCUGGAUGGAAAGACCUUGAGGCUCAGAAGGGCGAGUAA